AUGAAAAAAUGCUAAUACCAGCAUUGCUACGAUACUCUCUAAUUCAAAGAUUAGAAUAUUUAAUUAUUACCUCUGCACUUGGGCCCCCAAACUUCAACUACGAAGGUGUAGUAGAUUGUACCAAUGACAGCAAUGACAAACAAGACAAACAAAUUGCCUAUAAUUUUAGAUGGCCUUACUGUGACCAGGCUCAUUAAGGAGGGCUAACCAGGAGAUUAUAAUGUCAUCAUAAAUUAAAAGAGAAAGAAAGUGACUGAAAAAGAGGUGUACUAGGCUUUGAAUGAACUUGGAUUCGAAAAAUACACUGAGCAGUUAAAGGAAUUCAUGGUUAAUUACUCUGAGAAGGAGGAUGAACACAAAAACUAACUUCUUAAAAAGAGAAAAGUAGAUGAGAAUGGGCAGGGUUAAAAUCAUGAAAUGGUGGAUAAUGCUGAUGCAAAUCAAAUGGUGCAAAGUAAAAGCAAGAAAUUGAAGGAAAAUAAUCAUGGAGAGGAGGAAUUCAAGAUCAUCGAUAUUCAGAGGUAAUGA